UGCGUGCGCGCGCGCGGCUCAGGGGAAGGAAAGCAAACUCGCCAACAGCUGGAAAACCUCUGGCUGGGGAGACACGGUGGCUUUUGCGCGCACCAGCCGGGAUACUGUCUCCUCCUUCCUCGGGGCUGGUCCUUUAAGAAAGCCGAGGCGGACGGCGUCCCGAAGGCGAGAUCGAGCCCCGGGGUCCGGAUUAUUUUGGGAGAAAAGUCCCCCUUGGAUCCAGAGAUAGGAGAUUUCUCAAAGACUGGGUUUCCUUUUGUGUUCCGAGAAGGGGAAAAAAAGAGAGCGAGAGCAAACGAGAACUUUUGCCAAGCUCUCUCAACACCAGAAGAUUGCAUUUUUUGGGAGGGUGGAUAAAAAAAAGAGGAAGAGACGCUCAAGUUCUUAUCAAGGGGAAGAGCCGAGCUGGGUUUUUUUUUUUUUAUCAUCUUGUUAUUCCCACGCAGUAAGCAGAGAGGGCCGGUUCGUUUUUUUUUUAAAGGGACUGCGUCUCCUUUGCCUUUUCCCCACCAAAUCUAUCUAUAUAAAUACGAUGGUCUCUAUCAUCUCUGACCUGGACCCACUGAAAAGCUGGAAAGCGUUAAGAGAGACUGCCACAGAGUUGUCUGGAACAUUACCAAGUAACGGCACAGCUAACAAGAUGAAUGGAGCUUUGGAUCACUCAGACCAACCAGACCCGGAUGCCAUUAAGAUGUUCGUCGGACAGAUCCCCCGUUUGUGGUCAGAAAAAGAGCUAAAGGAACUUUUUGAGCCUUACGGAGCGGUCUACCAGAUCAACGUUCUUCGAGAUCGGAGUCAGAACCCUCCCCAAAGUAAAGGUUGUUGUUUCGUAACAUUUUAUACAAGAAAAGCUGCGCUCGAGGCACAGAAUGCACUGCACAAUAUUAAAACUUUACCUGGGAUGCAUCAUCCCAUUCAGAUGAAACCGGCAGAUAGCGAAAAGUCCAACGCCGUGGAAGACCGAAAAUUGUUCAUAGGAAUGGUUUCGAAGAAGUGUAAUGAGAACGAUAUCAGGGUGAUGUUUUCUCCGUUUGGCCAGAUAGAAGAAUGCCGAAUCCUUCGGGGACCAGAUGGGCUGAGUAGAGUGCACGGCCUCAAUAUGGAAUCUAGCCGAGGCUGUGCGUUUGUCACGUUCUCGACAAGGGCAAUGGCACAGAAUGCAAUCAAAGGCAUGCACCAGUCUCAGACUAUGGAGGGCUGUUCUUCACCCAUAGUCGUGAAAUUUGCCGAUACCCAGAAGGACAAGGAGCAGAGACGUUUACAACAGCAGCUGGCACAACAAAUGCAGCAGCUCAACACUGCCACCUGGGGGAAUCUCACAGGUCUUGGAGGACUGACGCCACAGUACCUGGCUAAAGAAACAGCUAGUAAUUUGCUGUUGUCUCAUGAUGCCUGGAAUCUGCUACCUCAGACACGUGCCUUAGACUGCCUAAUGAGAUUAGACAUUAAUAUGGAUUUACAGCAUCGACUCUGGGGACCUUCAUACCAACACCAGGCAGAAGCAAGAGACAGUAUAAAUCUUCUACAGCAGGCAACUUCCUCCAGUAACUUGGGAGCUUUCAGCGGCAUUCAACAAAUGGCUGGUAUGAACGCUUUGCAGCUCCAGAACCUGGCGACUCUCGCAGCUGCCGCCGCUGCCGCCCAAACCUCAGCGACCAGCACCAACGCAAACCCUCUCUCCACCACGACCGGCGCCCUCGGGGCACUCACGAGUCCAGUUCCGUAUGACGUUUGUGAGGUUCUGAUGGCGAAUCACCCUACAGCCCAUUCACCCGUCUCCUUGCCUCUUCCAGUGGCUGCAUCAACAGCAAAUUCAACAGCUGGGGCGGCCAUGAAUUCUUUGACUUCCCUCGGGACUCUCCAAGGACUGGCUGGAGCCACUGUUGGAUUGAAUAAUAUUAAUGCACUAGCAGGUACCGUGAACAUUGCUCAAAUGCUCUCAGGUAUGGCCGCCCUGAACGGAGGACUCGGUGCAACAGGCUUGACGAAUGGUACAGCCGGCACAAUGGAUGCCCUCACCCAAGCUUACUCAGGAAUCCAGCAGUAUGCCGCCGCGGCACUGCCUACGUUGUACAGUCAAAGUUUGUUGCAACAGCAAAGCGCUGCAGGCAGCCAGAAAGAAGGUCCAGAAGGAGCAAACCUUUUCAUUUAUCACCUCCCGCAAGAGUUUGGAGACCAGGACAUUCUGCAGAUGUUCAUGCCAUUUGGGAAUGUUAUUUCUGCUAAGGUCUUCAUUGACAAACAGACCAAUCUGAGCAAGUGCUUUGGUUUUGUUAGCUAUGACAAUCCUGUCUCCGCGCAAGCUGCUAUACAGGCAAUGAACGGCUUUCAGAUUGGCAUGAAACGCUUGAAAGUUCAGCUGAAGCGCUCCAAAAAUGACAGCAAACCUUACUGAUCAUUACCCCAGAAGCUUACUGCUAUUAAUUUAGAUUUCUUAGGACAUCUUCAUGCCCGUUAGUUCAUCGUUUGCCUAGCAUGUCCCUGUGGCGUCUU